AUGCCACUUUCAUCUGCACUACAAGCACGUUUGAUUGAACGCGGUAUUCUAAAUGCUGCAAAUAUCAAUGCCGCAAUCGAUGCCAGUGCUGACAAUGAUGAAAAAAGUGAAGAAGUAUUUGCCGAAAGUUAUGAUGAACGUGAGGAUCAUCAUCCUGCUGCCACAGCCCCAAAAAAAGCUAUUUCAAGUAACUUUUCAGCAGCUGAUGUUCAAAUUGAAUUUGAAGAAUGUAUUAAAUGUCCAAAUAAAUGGAAUCCAUAUCAUACUUGUGUUGAAUAUUGUAGAAAACGAUACGGAAUUAAACAUUAUACAGCAGAUUCAGCAACCGAAAAACGACGUCGACGAAUGUUGAAAAAAUAUCCAUUACCAACCAAUUGGCGUGAAGUACCUGAUGCUAAUAUAGAUCGAUGCUAUUAUUGGAAUUUGGAAACCGAUGAAGUCUCAUGGUUACCGCCUUCUCAUCCACGCUCGCAUAUCACACAAUCAGGAAUUAAAUUACGGCAAAAAGAAAUGGAAAAGAAAGCAGCAGACGCACAACGACAAGCAGCCGGGCCCUCGAAAAAGAAGAAAAAAAAGAAAAAUUCAAAUGAUGCUGGCGAACGAUCUGAUACAGACGAAGACGAUUUAAAUGCUGUACAAAAAUUAAAACGUAAAAUUGCCGGUAAAAUGUUGAGCUACGAUGCUGAUCCAAUGGAUCCAUCAUCUUAUUCGGAUGUGCCAAGAGGCAAUUGGGCCGCUGGUCUUGAAGUAAAAGGCAAAGCAAAGACGGGUGUCGAUGACACCGCUACUGGUGAAUUGUUUCAAAUGCGUCCAUAUCCGUCUCCUGGCGAUGUACUUCGUAUGAAUGCUGAAGUUGGAUCAAAGAAAAAAUUGAAAAAUCCAUAG